AUGGAUCAAGUACCCGUCUCCAAAUCCCACCUCUACGCCUCCUUCUUCGUCUCCCUCGCGCACGCUUACCUCGCCUGCGCCCGCCCCUCCGCCGCCGCCGCCGCGCUCCGCCGCAUGCGCGCCCUCGGCCUCGCCCCUCCCCUCCGCUCCCUCAACCUCCUCCUCCACAGGCUCAACUCCCUCGGCUUCGCCUCACAGGUACCCUCCCUCUACUCCCACCUCCUCCCCCCCCACCAAAAGGGGGAUCUCUUCACCCACAAUGCGCUGAUCCACGCUUUUUGCAAAAUGGGUAUGUUGCAAGACGCUUUGAAUCUUCUUAGAACCGUCGAAGCCGACACCGUGAGCUAUAAUUUGGUCAUUUGGGGGUUCUGCGUGCGAGAAUUGCCAGAAUCGGCCGUCGGGUUGUUGUCGGAGAUGGUGAAGAAGGGUGUUGGAUUUGAUGUCGUUAGCGGCAACACUUUGGUUGCCGGGUUGUGCCGAAAAGGGCUGGUGGAGAAAGCCGAGGCCUUGCUCAGUAUGUUGGCGCGCGGAGGGGUCGGCGCGGACGUAGUCGGGUUUAAUUCGCUGAUCGAUGGUUAUUGUAAGAUCGGUGCGAUGAGUAGGGCGAGUGAAUUGGUGGAGAGGAUGAAGACAGAAGGCAUCAAUCCGGAUUUGAUUAGCUAUAACACUUUGAUCAAUGGGCUUUGUAGAAUUGGGGAAUUUGGGUCGGCGAGUAGUGUGAUGGAUGAAAUGAAAAAGGAUGCGGAGUCGAAUGUUGUGACUUACACUACUUUUAUCGGUGAAUAUUGCAGGAGGGAGGGGCUCGAAGAAGCUUUCGAGUUGUACGAGGAGAUGGUUAAAGGCGGGAUCUUGCCGGAUGUGGUUACUUUUAGUGCUCUCAUUAAUGGCCUUUGCAAGAGUGGUAGAUUUUUAGAAGCUUAUGCUCUUUUUAGGGAGAUGGAGACUAUGGGUGUUGCUCCUAAUCACGUAACUUAUUGCAAUCUUUUUGAUUCGUUGUCUAAGUCAGGGAAAACUAGGGAAUCGUUGGCUCUUUUUGGUCGAAUGGUCGCUAGAGGUGUUGUUAUGGAUUUGGUUUUCUAUACGGUUUUAAUGGAUGGACUUUUCAAAAAUGGAAAGAUUGGCGAAGCAAAAGAUACGUUUCAACUGAUUUUGUCAUCUAAUAUCAUUCCGAAUCUUAUUGCUUUUUCGGUUUUGAUUGACGGGCACUGCAAAGUCGGAGAUAUGAAUAGCGUAGAAUUGGUAUUGUUGGAAAUGGAGGAGAGAUCUAUUAGUCCGAAUGUUAUCACCUACUCUUCCAUCAUCAACGGGUAUUUGAAAAAAGGAUUGCUUUCCAAGGCUGUUGAUUUUUUUAGGGAGAUGAGGGAAAGAAACAUAACUCCCAGCAUUGUAACUUAUGGAACCCUUAUUGACGGCUUCUUUAAGAUGCAAAAGCCGGAAGCGGCUCUUGACUUGUAUCAGGAUAUGCUAUCAGAAGGUCUAGAAGUUAAUAAUUUUGUGCUUGAUGCACUGGUGAACGGCUUAAAGAAGAACCGGAGGAUGGAUGAGGCCGAAAGCUUGUUUGAGGAUAUGAAGAAGAAGGGUCUAACGGUUGAUUGUGUCAAUUACACGUCUCUCAUGGACGGGCUUUUCAAAACGGGGAACACGCCUGCUGCUUUGAAAGCCGCUCAGGAGUUGAUGGAGAAAAAUCUCGUGCCUGAUGUUGUCUUCUACAACGUCUUUAUAAAUUGUCUUUGCUUGCUUGGAAAGUAUGAAGAAGCAAGAUCUUUCUUUGUAGAGAUGAAAAAGAUGGGCUUAACUCCUGAUAAUGCGACAUAUAACACUGUUAUCGCAGCACAUUGCAGAGAGGGAAAGGUGGAGAAGGGUCUAGAACUUUUUAAUGAGAUGAAGGGUAACAAUGUAAUGCCCAAUCUAAUCACUUACAAUUCCUUAAUUGCAAGCCUCUUUGAGGCAGGGAAUGUACAAAACGCAAUGCUUUUGUUGCAUGAAAUGGCCGAUUCGGGGUUAUCGCCUAACCCUUCUUCCUAUAGAAAAGUGAUGCAAGCUUGUUCUAAGAGCGGGAAGCCAGAAUUGAUUUUGCAAGUUCACGAGUUAAUGAUGAGAAUGGGACUUCAUGCUGAUUCAAUUGUCUACAACACUCUCGUUCAUAUUUUGUGUACACAUGGGAUGACACGAAAAGCUACUUGGGUUUUAGAGGAAAUGAUAGGAAAGGGAAUUUUAGCCGAUACAAUUACCUUUAACUCUCUUAUACUCGGACAUUGCAAGAGUGGCCAUAUAGAAAAAGCAUUUGCUACUUACUCUCAGAUGUUAAAUGGAGGCGUGUCACCAAAUAUAGCGACUUAUAAUACUCUACUAGGUGGCCUUUCAUCUUUUGGAAAGAUAGGAGAAGCAGAAAAAGUACUUGAUGAAAUGCAUAAUAGAGGAUUUACUCCUGAUAAUGUUACUUACGAUAUUUUAAUUACAGGUCAUGGAAAACAAGGCAACAAAAGGGAAUGUGUAAGGCUAUACUGCGAGAUGGUAAGCAAAGGGUUUGUUCCUAAACUUAGCACAUAUAAUGUGCUUAUAAGUGAUUUUGCUAAGGUGGGAAUGAUGAACCAAGCUAAAGAAUUGUUCAAUGAGAUGCAAAAGAGAGGCGUAUCGCCUAACUCUUCCACAUACGAUAUCCUUAUAAGCGGAUGGUCGAAGCUUCCAAAUGGGGUUGAGGUAAGAAGACUGCUUAAGGAGAUGAAUGAAAGGGGAUUUACUCCUUCGGAAAGUACUCUAAAGUUUAUCUGUAGUGCAUUUUCAAGACCAGGAAAGAAGUGGAGAGCUCAGAGGGUACUUAAAAACUUAUAUAAAGUAUGAGUGCUUAUGAAUGAUCAGAGUGGGAAUUGAAGGAAGCAUUUCAUAGUAAGUGUGUUAGUACCUAUUUCCAGAAGGGUUUCGAAUCACGCAGCUGGUGGUUUGUAUGUCAAAAAUAUUUGGGAGCUGAUUUAUUCGUUUAGCUAAGCAGAUGGUAUGUUCAUGUGACUAUGCAAGUGAUAUCCCAGGUGAUACCAGAAUAUCCUGCUUGCUGUGUGGAUUAUGGAAUGGAUCUUUCUGACAAUUGGCUGAAGUAUCUCUCCAGCGAGAAAACUGGUGACUGGUUCUCUCAAAUUGAGAACUCAUCUUCAAUAUCUACGAUAGCCAUUUUAAUCAAAAUUUGCAGGGUCGAAAACAAUGGCUUUUGCUGCUAGUAGUUGUGGGGAAAAGCGUAGACUUUCUGAGGCUUUCGGCUAUCUUUUUUCAGUUUAAAGAGAAAAGCAACAUCAGAUGACAAAUUCUAUGGCUGCUAUUAUCUGCGCUAGACUCGCGCAACAAGAAGCAUGUGAUUCGUGAUCUUCUUCGAAUAAAUUUGCAAUUUGCACUUGGAGAUUUCGCCGCUUUUCCGUGACUGGAGUAUCCAUAAGAGGGGGCUGAUGCAAACGUUUUUCUGUAUGUCCAUAAAUUUGUUUCUUAAAAUAGUCUGAUCUUCCUAAUCAGAUUUUAUUUCUAUUGAUUUAUAGUUCUUCGAUAUCUUGCCUCUGACGUAGGCAUAUCCUUUUUUUU